UUUGAAACUUCAUUGAACUGUACAUUUUAAACAUUUCUAUUUGGGCCAGAGCCUCCUCUUGGAAUGGAUAACGUAAAUCUUCCUUCCAACAACACAACUGUAAACGUGCAUCAGACAAAUGAAAAGCAACAAGAAAAGACGGUACCUGUAGCAGUUUCUCUCCUGAUUUUGAUUGCCCUUCUAGGAUCCGCCGCAAAUCUUCUUGUUUUAAGAGAAAUAUUAAAACUGAAGACAAGAAAGCUCCAUGAGUAUCUAAUACUGAACUUGGCGACCACCGACGCGGGGACGUGCCUAAUAAGCAUUCCUCUUGAUAUUGGAGAGCAGUUGACUAGCGAGUUUCCUUACGGAGCCGUUCUUUGCCACAUCAUUUAUCCAUUUCAAUCCGUACUUGUUUAUGUCUCCGUCAUGACCCUGUUAUUUAUGUGUGUGGAGCGUUUCAGACUGAUAGUCACACCACUGAAGCCAAGAAUACGAGUUAAAACUGGUUUAACUGUCAUAGCUGCUAUAUGGCUUUUAUCCGGCCUUAUGGUGCUACCUCUAUCGCUUGUUCUGAAGUUGAAAGGAUCUUCAUGCAGUGAAGAAUGGCCAAACGCUUAUAUUGUCAAGAUGUUCACUGUCAUCAUUUUCAUCCUUCUUUACUUAAUACCUUUGAGUAUCAUGGCUUUACUCUACACUUGCACGGUUUGCGUGCUUCAAAAAGAUACGAGGUCCUUAAAGAUAAAACGACAAAGAGGAACGAGAACAUUCUCACAGGAAUCCAUCGAUGACAGAUUGGAGAGAAACUACACAGUUGUAAAAGCAUUCGUGAUAUCUGUUCUUGUGUUUGCAAUCUGCAUGUUACCAACACAUGUUACUUGGCUAUGGCACGAUUUUGGCAACGGCUCCGAGAAUCCUUACGGCUUAUUUAACAAAGUGGCAACGUUUAGUAACAUACUCACUUACACAAAUUCUCUUGUUAACCCCUUUAUUUUUGGCUCAAUCAUGAUUAAUUUUGAGAGAUUUGUUAACAUUUUUAAAAAUUUCAUUUGCUGCCGUUGUUUGAGAAGAGCGAGCUAUUUUUAUGAAAUUCAAGUUCUCCAACUUCGGUCCCCUUCGAUGUCAUCGCAGCUCGCAAAUAGAUCAUUCUUCCUUUCUUUGUCUAAACCAUCAGAUAUCUCCAGUUUUGAGAUCAAUGAAGUUGUCAAAGUUACAAAAAUUACUAAUAAGGACCACAACUCAUUUGCCACGAUAUUCCCUUGAUCAAAUUUUCCGCCAUGCUACUGAACUGAUAAGGAAAUGAAAAACUUGCGUGACCAUACAAUAAUUCCACAUACAAAACUAGAAACUACCGUAGACUACUGUAACUGUCAGCAGCUCUAGGUCUUUAUUUAACAAGUUCAAGGAAAAAAAUUAUUUUUAAAGUAUUUUACGGUGCGCGUCUUCGGAAACAUACAAAGUUUGUACGGCUUUUCAAAAACUCGUUUACUCGAGUUAUCGCCAUU